UUCUUUCCCUAUUGUUGUAGCAGGUAUGACCUACUGAACUAUUCCUACACCAAGCACACACAUUCUCCGCAGUCGCCUUUGACUUCCAGCGGCCAUGCUACCUAGCGCCCUCCUUCUCGCGUCCUUUGCGUCCUUCGCGCCCUUCGCGCCCUACACAUAUGCCUUCUCGAUACCGCCGUUACCUCACCUCAACUUCCUCGGCAUCGCCGAUGCACAGAAACACCAGCAGCCGCUGCAUGAUACACUCGAUGCGUGGAUACAACAGGAAGAGCGGAUAGCGCUGGACAAGCUGCUGGCGAACGUCUCACCAGGUGGGCGCAACGUCGAAGGACAGGGCGUAGCACCCGGCACAGUAGUCGCAAGUCCAAGUCAGGCCGGGCCAGACUACUGGUAUCAGUGGGUUCGAGAUGCCGCGAUCACCAUGAACACUCUCGUAGACGUAUACGCCGAAGACACAUCCUCUCCACUCGGCGGGAAGCUCUCGAGCAUCCUCGAUGCAUACACAUCCUUGCAGCAGAUGAUCCAACACACCUCUAACCCAUCCGGCACCUUCGAUGACCUCUCAGGCCUCGGCGAGCCCAAGUUUGAGAUCGACGGCACGUCGUUCACAGGUUCCUGGGGACGACCCCAGCGAGACGGUCCAGCCCUACGCGCCCUCACACUCAUCCACUACCUUCACGAAUACAACGCCUCGCACCCUACGCUAUGGACCUCGUCUCGAGCGGACGACUUCUUCGCACCCUUCUACGAGGCAAGUAUGCCACCGACCAGCGUCAUCAAAGCCGACCUAGAGUACGUGAGCCACUACUGGAACCAGUCAGGCUUCGAUCUGUGGGAGGAAGUCGAAGGCCUGCACUUUUUCACGCUUAUGGUCAGCGCGCGGAGUCUGCGUGAGGGCAGCCAGCUUGCACGCGCAUUCGGCGAUCUUGGCGCGGCGGACUGGUAUACACUGCAGGCUGGGUAUAUUGAGAACCUACUCUCCAAGUUCUGGAACAAGCAGAAGGGCCAUCUCGUAGAGACGCUGUGGAGCAAGAGAUCUGGACUUGACUGUGGUCUUCUACUUGGCUCGCUGCACGCUUUGCCGGCUGAUGGCUCGGACGACGAUGCUGUGUAUCCACCAUGGUCUGACAAGAUUCUUGCGUCCCUUCUCGCUUUGACUCGCGAUCAGCGAGAUCGCUUCCCUAUCAACAGCAGCCCUUGGUCCUCGUCCGACGACGAGGAGGUAGACGCAGACGAAGAAGAACCGUUCGAGGGUACAGGGCUUGGUCGCUACCCUGAAGACACGUACAACGGCUAUUCUACUACACACCACGGAAACCCUUGGUUCCUCUGCACAUCCAGCGCUGCCGAAGUCCUUUACCGCACCGCAUCCCAUAUUUCCACCUCGGCGAACCUUAUUAUCUCACCGACGUCUAUGCCAUUCUACACCUCUCUCCUUGCCUCAUCCAGCCUCGACGUCAAUGAAGGCGCCUACGGGCCCAGCGAUGCAUUGUUCCACUCCAUCAUCGAGCGUCUAGGUGCUGUAGGCGAUCAAUUUUUGGCAGUUGUGCGACGACAUGUCGAUGCUGAAGGCAGCAUGAGCGAGCAGUUUGACAAGGAGACCGGGUUCAUGACGGGAGCGCGGGAUCUGACCUGGAGCUAUGGGGCUUUCCUUCAGGCUGUGAGGGCGAGGAAGGUGAUGAAGAGCUUAUGAAAGAUAUUGAAGGGAUCCUCGGGGCUGGUGAGGGAUGAGUUAUGAUGUUAUGAAUUAUGAUUAAGGUGAUCUGGAUGGGGAUGGGCAUCAUCAAUGGUGUUUCUAGUCACUCUCUCAGACGGAUGAAAGCGAAGUGAAGUGGAGGGAUGCACUAAAUCAGACUGGCUACCGAAAGGCAUCGUUAACGA